ACCCGAGAAAUCCUCAAGUGGCCCUUUUCUGCCUUUCGCCUCCAAACCGACGACUUCAAAAACCACACACGAGAGACCUCGACUUUUCGUGCCAAAUCCGCCAAAAUGAGACCGACUCAGAUGCUCCGAAGCGGCGCUGCCGACCCCAAGAACGGACAGUACGUGGAUUGCGAUUGAACGAGGGCAAUUGGUGGUUCUGUUGCGUGCGGCUUUUCCAAUGGUUAAUGGUCGAACGAACAACACCAAGCCUCCAAAAUAUACCAAUAGAGACGGAAUUGAAUGCUGACGGACUUUUAAUAGCUACAUUGGUAACUGGGGCCACUUUGGUAAGUGAUUGCUCCUACGAUGUGCGAACGAGGAAACUGGGUCGAUGAACGCGACGGACCAACGGAUAAUGACGAUGCACGAGGUGGAAGCAAUUGGGUCGAUAUAACACAAAAAAUCGAUGCAUGCGCAUAACCGGUCUCGAAAUUCAUCGAUGGGAUAUUCUCGGGGAUUCAUCAACGUCAUCAACGAAACUGGAGACUAACUCGAUAUCAGGUGGUGAGAAGCAGCGUGGUAUCAUCACUUACGGUCUGUCCGCCAACCGACAGAACCCUUGGGCCGGUGCCUUCCACGAUGCCAUCUUCAACACUUUCCGCCGAACCAAGGGCCAAAUCUUCUACUGGCUUCCUCCCAUGGUUGCUGGUUACUACAUCAUGAACUGGGCUGUCGAGCGAAGCGAGUACCUUAACUCCAAGGCUGGUCGUGCCGAGUUCGGUGAUGAGGAGGAGUAAAUCGGUUACAUUACUGGAGCAAAACCACGGCGGGUGUGUUGGAGUAGGUCCUCUGGACUCAUUGUACAUCAUCAAUACCUAGAUCAGGAGGUGCAAUAGACAGCAGUCACACUAUUUAUUUGUUGAUUGACCUUUCGGCAUCCAUACAUUGCAAUCGAAUUGAAGUCUC